GUCAGCGGUUGGCGGAGCCGCUGUUACAUCAGCGAGUAGCCGGGAUUUCCUCUCCCCCCCGGUGGGCUGUGUCACCGCUUCAGGCCGCUAUGUGACGGUGGAGCAGAGCCGUGGACACCGCUGGGAGGAAACGGCACGCACUGUAUACACGUGAGACGGAAAGUUUGCCAUGUUCAGUACCAGUGUUUCCGUCCGAGCCCCGCGGCGGCUGUAAAGGGAGAUGUGUCAGCACGGAGUCGAAGAAGUUUAAAGCUAAAAGAGGGGACGUCAUGGUCCUCUUCAUGUGGUCUUUUUUGAUUCUGAGUACCCUUCACGUCUAAACUGCUACCGAAGUGACCCGCGACAAGCGGAACUAAACAGGUCCCACCAUGUUUCCUGAUGCCCUGGAUGCAGCCGGGCGAGUGGAGGGCCUUUCACUGUCUUCCCCGCAACCGCUGCCCGACCUGGAAGAGGAGGAUGAGGCCGAAGCGUUGGCAGAGAGGGGGGCGAAGAGACGAGGCCGCUACCGCAAAAGCCUGCAGCUUUUAAAGCCCUUUAGGAUAACACACAAGCAUCAGCACCCAGUUGAUAAUGCCGGCCUCUUCUCUUUUAUGACUCUGCACUGGCUCUCCCCGCUGGCACUGAAGGCCUACAAGCAGUCCAGCUUGUCUUUAGAUGAUGUGUGGGGACUGUCUUGCCAUGAAGCAUCAGGAGUCAACUGUCAAAAACUUGAAUUUUUGUGGCACAACGAGCUGAAAAGGCAUGGACGAGAGGGGGCGUCCCUCACAAGAGUCUUCUGGAGGUUCUGCCAAACCCGGAUGCUGGUGGCCAUCUUCUCUAUCCUCCUCACAAUGUUGGCAGGCUUCAUUGGACCUGCUCUGCUGAUUCGAGCUCUCCUGGAGUAUUCCCAGAGCUCGCAGGUUUCUGUGCGGUACGGUCUGGCUCUAGUAUCCGGGAUCUUCCUGAUGGAACUGAUACGCUCCUGGUCUCUGGCACUCAUGUGGGCUGUAAACUAUCGCACCGCUGCACGCCUGCGCGGGGCAGCCCUCACUUUUGCCUUCCAGAAGAUCCUUUGCCUCCGUAACACUAAAGACAUCACCCCAGGCGAGUUGAUCAACAUCUGCUCCAGUGAUGGCCAGCGGCUGUAUGAAGCAGUGUCAGUGGGGUGCCUGCUGGCAGGAGGGCCUUUGGUCGGGAUUCUUGGUCUUUCCUACACUGCUUACUUCCUGGGCCCCACAGCUCUGCUUGGAUCAGCUAUUUUCAUCUUCUUCUACCCAGCUAUGAUGCUCGCGUCGAGGCUGACGGCGUAUUUCCGCAGGAAGUGCGUGGCGGUCACUGACCGGCGUGUAAGGCUCAUGAACGAGAUCCUGGGCUGCAUAAAGUUUAUCAAGAUGUACUGCUGGGAAGAUGCAUUUUCUCAGAAUGUUCACAAAGUGCGAUCAGAAGAGAGGGGGAUACUGGAGAAAACCGGGGUCGUCCAGAGUCUCACAGUGGGUGUGGCUCCCAUUGUAGUUGUGAUAGCAAGCGUGUGCACUUUCACCCUGCAUAUGGCCUUGGGCUAUGACCUUACUGCAGCUGAGGCUUUCACUGUGGUUGCUGUUUUCAACUCCAUGACUUUUGCCCUGAAAGUGACACCUCUAGCUGUGAGAUCAUUGUCGGAGGGGGCUGUCGCAGUCAAAAGAUUUCAGCGGCUUUUCAUGAUGGAUGACAGAGAGAGGAUAUUAGCCAAAACAGAGGAUCUCAGAAACGCAGUGGAGUUUCUUGAUGCCACGCUGGCCUGGGAGAAGGCGCGCCCCCCUGCAAUAAAGUCAAAUCCGCCUCCCAAGAAGCGCAGUGGAAUAAAGCGGGUGCUGCGCAGGGAGAAGCUUAGCCUGUACAUUUCCACAGACAACAACAAGGCAAACCAAGAUGGGUCCAACGGGCAAAGUCUCCUCACAAACAUUGAGCAGGAGAGCCCACAAAGCACCAUUUCCUCCACCCAGAGCAUACGGCCGCCGCUGCACAAGACCCUGCACCGCAUCAAUCUGCGAAUCAAAAGGGGAUCCCUGGUUGGAAUCUGUGGAAGUGUCGGAAGUGGGAAGAGCUCGCUUCUUUCUGCUUUACUUGGACAGAUGACUCUCGUAGAAGGUAGAGUUGCUGCAUGUGGUGGCUUCGCUUAUGUUUCCCAACAUGCCUGGAUCUUCAACGACUCCCUAAAGGAGAACAUCCUGUUUGGAAAUGAGUUUGACUUAGACAGAUACAAUGCAGUGCUGGAAGCAUGCUGUCUUCUCCCAGAUCUUGCAGAGCUUCCAUACGGAGAUAUGACUGAGAUUGGAGAAAGAGGUGCCAACCUGAGUGGCGGGCAGCGUCAGAGGGUGAGCCUGGCGCGUGCUCUCUACAGUGACAGACCCAUACUACUCCUGGAUGACCCACUCAGUGCAGUCGACACCUGUGUGGGUUCACACAUCUUCAGCAGAGCCAUUCAGGGAGUGGCCAAAGGCAAGACAGUGCUGUUUGUAACCCACCAGCUCCAGUAUCUGCCUGAGUGUGAUGAUGUCAUCCUGAUGAAGGACGGGCAGAUUGUUGAGCACGGCAACCAUGCACAACUAAUGAGUAAAGAGCGUGACUAUGCCACCUUAUUCAGCAGCAUGCAACAGGAGAACGUGGUAAAAGAGAACUUAAAGAAUAAACAGAGAAGGGAAGGUGUAAAAACACCUGACAGUGCUGCUGGUGUUGCCUGUGUCGGACUAAAGGUGGAAAGCAAUAACAGAGAGCAACUGAUGAAAGUAGAGGAAAAAGGCUCCGGUGCAGUCUCCUGGUCUGUGUAUGGAGCAUACAUUAAAGCAGCAGGAGGUCCAUUAGUGUUUGUCAUCAACAUCGUCUUCUUUCUAUCCACAACUGGCAGCAUAGCCUUUAGUAACUGGUGGCUGAGCCACUGGAUCAGGCAGGGUGGCGGGAACACAUCAUUAAUCUCGGCGAAUGAAACGAUGGAGAGCAACAGCAUGAGGCUCAACCCCCAUAUUCAGUAUUACUCCACUGUUUAUGUCAUUUCCAUGGCAGCUGCAUUAUUUCUGAAAACUGUGAGGGGAUUGGUAUUUGUCAAGUGCACGGUGAAGGCCGCCUCGGCUCUCCAUGACAAGCUGUUCAGCAGGCUCCUUCUCAGCCCUAUGCGGUUCUUCGAUACAACGCCUCUGGGUCGCAUUCUGACCCGCUUCUCCAGGGACAUGGACGAGGUGGAUGUGCGCCUGACCAUGCAAGCUGAAAUGCUGCUGCAGAACCUGACUCUGGUACUGUUUUGCCUAGGGAUGGUGGGCAUGGUCUUCCCCUGGUUCUUGAUCUCGGUCCUGCCCUUGGGUGCCUUCCUCUGCGUCAUCAAUCGUGUCUCCAGAGUUAUGAUUUGCGAGCUGAAGCGCCUGGAGAACAUCAGCCAGUCCCCAUUUACCUCUCAUAUAACCAGCAGUCUGCAGGGACUUUCCACCAUCCAUGCUUAUGGAAGAGGGCACAGCUUCCUCCAAAGAUAUCAGGAACUGCUGGAUACCAACCAGGCCACCAACUACCUCUUUAGUUGUGCUAUGCGCUGGCUGGCUGUUCGCCUGGACCUCAUCAGCAUCUCCAUUAUCACUGCUGUGGCUCUUCUCAUCGUCUUCAUGCAGAAUCAGAUACCUCCAGCCUAUGCAGGCCUGGCCAUCUCAUAUGCAGUGCAGCUGACCGGCCUGUUUCAGUUCACAGUGCGGCUGCUCACCGAAACUGAAGCUCGAUUUACAUCAGUGGAAAGAAUAAAUCAUUAUAUAAAGAGUCUUGACAGUGAAGCACCCAGGCAAAGUCUUGAGGCGGCCACUCCUGCCCCCUCCUGGCCUCAGCAGGGAAAGAUCAGCUUCCAGGAUGUGAACCUACGUUAUCGAGAUCAUCUGCCACUGGUGCUUAAGAACCUGUCGUUUACCGUUCUCCCCGAGGAGACCAUCGGCAUCGUAGGCCGCACAGGAUCAGGAAAGUCCUCUCUGGCCGUUGCUUUGUUCAGGCUCGUGGAGCUCAGUGCAGGCUCUAUAAUCAUUGAUGGGAUCGAUAUCGCACAGAUUGGCCUGGAUGACCUGCGGAGCAAGCUGGCCAUCAUUCCCCAGGAGCCAGUACUCUUUAUUGGUACCGUCAGGAGCAACUUAGACCCAUGGGAUCAAUAUUCUGAUUUGCAGAUCUGGGAAGCUCUUGAGAAAACCCACAUUAAAGAAAUGGUCAGCCAGCUGCCUCAUUCCAUUCAGUCAGAGGUGACGGAGAGCGGAGAGAACUUCUCGGUUGGAGAACGCCAGCUCCUCUGUGUGGCCAGGGCCCUCCUGAGGAACAGCAAGAUUCUUAUACUGGACGAGGCAACGGCGGCCAUCGACACAGAGACAGAUCGCCUCAUCCAGGAGACCAUUCGCAGUGCAUUUGGCAGCUGCACCACUCUGAUCGUCGCACAUCGUCUCAACACAGUGAUGAGCUGCAGCAGGGUCAUGGUCCUGGACAACGGCCAGAUUCUGGAGUUCGACUCGCCGGCAGCGUUGCUCGCAAAUGAAAACUCAAGAUUUCGGGCCAUGAUAGAGGCGUCAGAAAGCAGCCAAAGCAGAUAAAAUAAAACACUGAAGACGAGAGCCGUGAUCCUAAAAAAAAUAUGCAAAUACAUCAUUUACAUCAAGAACGCGUGCACACACACACACACAUAAUCAUGUGAAGGAAAAUAAUAGGUUGACAUCAGUUUUCGAAGUAACUCUGUCUGUUUUUUGCCACAUCAAAGACCCAGGGACAUUAAACACAUCAAGUAUCGGUAUGCAAAUGGAGAUUCAGCUAACUCCUUGCUGUGUCACAGGUUAUUCCCUAAAGGCCAAAUAAUUAACUCAGAUAAUAGCACUUUAUGUUUGAUGCGGUGCUUCCUUUUUCAUUGGAGGUCAGUUAUUCAGAGUUUUAGUCUUUUGUUUCUCAAACCUCAGAAUGUACCGGUACUGCUAACAUAUUUAAUGGUUUAUUUGUAUAUUGUUAGUUGUGGUAAUUAUUCAAGAGCAUGUUUUAAAGAAAAUCACAUGUUAUUUGUUCCCAUCAGACACUGUUUGCUAAAAAAGGCAGUAUUUUUGUUUUGUUGCUGCCUGAUGAUGUAAUUUUCUAGCCUUGAGUUGUUAACACUUUCAGGUUUUUUGAAGGAGUCAGCCAUGUCAGUGUGCUUCUUAUGACUACUACCAAGUACAGUACUGUGAUUUGAACUGAGCUAAAGUUUCCAAAUGCUGAGGUUUAAAAUCUGCACCUUUUGUUUUUCUUUUAUUGCUUUAUUUGUUGUAGCCUGGAGGCAAAGUACGUUACGUUUUCACAAAUCUGAGGAUUUUACGUCUGCCUUAUAGUGAAUUAUGUGCUAUCAAGAAACAAUCAAGAAAAGUGCAAUAAUGCUUUGAUACCUUUUCAAGAUUGCCUUUAUACACUUGAGAUCUUGCAAUACUUUUGUUAAAUGUCAGAUUUUUAAUAUAAUGUUUUUUAAUAAAAUGUUUACAUAAA